AUGGGCGCAUGGAACGAGAUCCGGCCUCGGUUUUUGCCAGCCGUGAUCACCAUGUUUCUCCUCCUUCAGGUUCUUUUCUUAGCGAACAUGUGCUACCUUUAUGCAACGCAGUUCCGAAGUUCCACCCGUUACCACAACUUCAAUUUGCUCUAUGUCGACUAUGAUGGUGGUAUCAUCGGCAAAUCAGUUUUAGAUGCCUACCAGCAAUUACGAGGAGAUGGGUUCCCAACCUUGAUGCCGGAAUCUUCUAACGAAUAUCCUCAACCAGAGGACAUUCGAGAAGCCGUAUGCCGCGGUGAGUACUGGGGGGCUAUUUACUCCACCGAGAGUGGAUCGAAUGGUCUAGAAUCGGCCCUGGCAGACGGGUCCAGCCCGCCGACUUCGCUCACAUAUAUCUGGAACGGGGUGAGAUACCCGGUUUGGUCGCAAGCCGCGGUCUACUCCAACAUCUUGAAACUGAUUGAAACCACACGGUCAACAUACUACGCCAACAAUGGAUCUUCAGUGGCCGCGUCCGCCAAUCUCUCUAAUGCAGCCACCCUCGAAGCCUUCCUCGACCCGAUCCAUGCCGAAGAAAUCAACAUCAAGGGCACGGAACAAGGCACAAGAGUCUUCUACAACACAGUAUCCAUGGUCAUGCCAAUACUCCAACAGUUCUUUUUUAUGUUGGCACUGAACGGGGUAUCAACCCAUUUCGACGCAUUCACCAAAUUGUCCUGGAAAGCCAACGGCCUGGUUCGCAUCAUAGCCUCCAUCCUCUACACCCUCACGGGCUCACUGUUAAUGGCAGGCUAUAUCUGGGCCUUCAGAGAGUCCUGGGGGGACAGCGAGGAAUUCAUGCCGUUUAUCGUUCUGACGUGGGUCAUUCUCAAUGUCGCCAGCACUAUCAGCCCAUUCGAGCUGAAUCCCGGGUUCUUUCGUUGGGGCUACGCUCUUCCCUCCCAUGAGGCCUACCAGGUCCUGAUCCAGAUCUGGUCUGGUGGGUGCAAUAACCGGCUCUAUCGUGCGCUUCCCAUUAUGUUCUCGUGGUGGACUGUUGGUGUUCCUAUUGCAGUGUAUGCGAUGCAGCAUCGUUGCAAAACUGCUGUGGCUUCCCAAGAAACCUUGGAUCGUGCAGGCCUGGAAAACCAAUCCAAAAAACAUGCGACAACGAACGAGACAGUGACGCCAGUUGGUAGCCCACGUCGCGAACUUGAGCAAAAUGCGGACUCAGUUGAGGCUAUUCCUCCUCAUCGUAUUGCCUAA